AUGGAAGAUUCAAAUCCCGAGUUAGAAACAUUCCGCAAGCAAUGGCAGGAAGAAGUAACCAAAAAGGCAAAUACAGUUCAGAGGCUCCCAACUCCAGCUAUUCAGGUGGCGGGCCCUUCUAAUUUUCCACGAAAGCUUCCACGGACAAAGCAUAUUCAUGAGAAUUCAAAACCCACAGAAGAGGAUAAUAUAGUUGAACCUCAAGCCUUGCACUUUGAUGGACCAAGUGGCGCCGCUGAGGCAGUGGAAGAUGAUGGGAUUGACCUAUAUGGUAAGAAGACUGGCAAUGACGAGCCACAAUCAGCUUUGGAGCAUUAUGAAAAAGCGGUAGAGAGGGAAGGUCAAGGUAGUUUGGGAGACAGCCUUGAUCUCUACCGCAAAGCAUUUCGACUUGACGAUCAAGUUGAUCGAAAGUAUAAGAACAAACAUUUUCCACCAUCUGCCUUCCCUCCGAAACCUACAAGUACAAAUCCAUCCAAUGCCUCUGCCACAGUACCUAAUACCGCACACCACUCACUAGAUGGGCCCUCACUAUCUAUUAAGCAAUUGUUAGAAAGCUUCUCAGAUUUAUCGAUUGAACCUACACUACCUGAGGUUGAGGGAGCACCGGCUCCUCCAUGUCCAAUUGCUGAUUUACCAGAUGAAAUACUUAUACAAAUAUUCAAGGAAGUAGCAAUUCGAGAUGUGGCAGAGCUUGCACGACUCUCCCAAGUAUGCAAACGCAUGGCAUACCUGAUAGCCACAGGAGAACAAAUAUGGAAACGAAUAUGUUUUGGCUCCGAGUUCGGGUUUGGGGCAAUGCACUAUCGAUGGCAAACAGAGGUUACAGGAGAGGCCCUCGACAUUGAGCCUCCACUGCUCUUGCCUUCACAAGCAGCAGAUGAAGAAUCCACCCCAUUCGUGCCCCUCAGCAAUGAUACCAUAACUCAGUCCCUGCUCCAAUCAACAUAUUCUUCAUCUUGGAGACAGAUGUUUCGUCUCCGUCCGCGCAUCCGUUUCAAUGGCUGCUACAUAAGCACCGUGAACUAUAUUCGACCCGGCCAAGCGUCCCCUUCAGCAAUAGCUUGGAAUUCUCCAGUUCACAUUGUGACCUACUACCGCUACCUUCGUUUCUAUCGCGAUGGAACAUUAAUUUCUCUAUUGACCACCGCCGAACCUAGCGAAGUCGUUCACCACCUGACUAAAGAGCUUCUUGAGUACCACAGGAGGAACCAAUCUUCCCAUCUACCCUCUUCAGUGAUGACUGAUGCUCGCCGCGGCCGUUGGCAUCUGUCCUCUCUCAACGAAUUUCCUUCAUUAGAGUCGGAUAUUGAUCCUUCUCCGAAAGCUGGCGGAUCAGAAGGUACACUUUAUGUGGAAACUGAAGGGGUUCAUGAGAAAUAUUUUUACAGGAUGGAGUUGAAGAUGACUAGUGCAGGAAAGACAGUCAAAAAUAACAAGUUGACUUGGAAUGGUUUCUGGAAUUAUAAUCGAUUAACGGAUGAUUGGGGAGAGUUUACAUUAAGGAAUGAUAAGGCUUUCUUUUGGAGUAGGGUGAAGAGUUAUGGUUUAGGCGCUUGA